AUUGCUCACAAUGACAGGAGUGUAGAGACUGUACAUUCUUUGCGUUGAGAUUUCGCGUAUUUAAUAAAAAAAAUUCUUGUAAAUUUGAUUUAAAAAAAAUGUUUGUGUAUAGUACGAUGGUGAUUUGGAACUAUGUGGUUAGAGAAUUUUCGACAAAUGUUCUUUUGGUAUUUUUAACGGUUCUUCUAGUUGUUCGCGCCAUUCAGAUGCUCAACGAGGCUCUGUCCUUGCCUCCUGGACCUUGGGGACUUCCAAUAUUAGGAUCUCUUCCUUAUUUGAAAGGUGAUCUACAUCUGCACUACAGGGAUUUAACGCAAAAAUACGGUUCCUUAAUUUCCACUAGACUUGGAUCUCAAUUAAUUGUAGUUCUGAGUGAUUACAAGAUGAUUAGGGAUACAUUCAGGAAGGACGAUUUCACAGGAAGACCUCAAACUGAGUUCACUAACAUCCUAGGAGGUUACGGUGUGAUAAACAUCGCCGGAAAACUAUGGAAAGACCAACGCAGAUUCCUGCACGACGGUCUUCGUCAAUUCGGUAUGUCAUACUUAUCUUCCAGAAAAACACAAAUGGAAAACCGUAUCAUGUACGAAGUGGAAGAUUUCCUUUCCGUUCUCAAAUCUCGGGAAGGAGAGGCUGUUGAUUUGAAUCCGGUUUUCGCGGUAUCGAUUUCUAAUGUUAUUUGUGACGUUUUGAUGUCGGUGAGAUUUUCUCACAACGACGGAAAGUUCAUAAGGUUUAUGAAUUUAAUUGAUGAGGGAUUUAGAUUGUUUGGAUCUUUGGAAGCGGCUAUCUUCAUACCAAUUUUGAGAUAUUUGCCGGGACAUACUCGUACCAGACAGAAAAUCGCCAAGAAUCGCGAAGAAAUGGCUAGAUUUUUACAAGAAACUAUCGAUGAACACAAAAAAACUUUCGAUCCCAGCCACAUGAGGGAUCUCCUCGAUACGUACCUUUACGAAAUCCAAAAAGCUGACGAAGAAGGAACCGGACAUCAUCUAUUCGAAGGAAAAGAUCACGAUCGUCAAAUGCAGCAAAUCAUGGGUGACUUGUUUUCCGCCGGAAUGGAAACCAUCAAAAGUUCACUGCAAUGGGCUGUUCUUUUCAUGUUACACAAUCCAGAUAAGAUGUUGGCCGUUCAAGAAGAAUUAGACCAAGUAGUUGGUCGUCAAAGGUUACCAAAACUUGAAGAUCUUACUUAUUUACCAGUUACCGAAUCUACUAUAUACGAAGUACUGAGGAUUUCCAGUAUUGUACCUAUGGGCACCACUCACGCUCCAGUCAGAGACACCAAGUUAAAUGGAUUUCACCUACCCCAGCACGCACAAAUAGUACCCCUACUCCAUGCGGUCCACAUGGAUCAAUCUUUAUGGGAAGAGCCAGAAACGUUCAACCCCACAAGGUUCAUAAAUUCCGAGGGCAAAGUACACAAACCAGAAUAUUUUUUACCAUUUGGAGUUGGUAGAAGAAUGUGCUUAGGUGAAAUACUCGCAAGGAUGGAGCUCUUCCUUUUCUUCUCCUCUCUACUCCAUUGUUUCGAUAUCUCAGUACCUGACGGUGCAACAUUACCGAGUCUCAAAGGCAUCGCUGGCGUUACCAUUAGUCCGAACGCAUUCAAAGUUAGUCUAACUCCUAGACCUAUGGUUUGGGACAAUGAAGAACCAAAUAUAAGACCAGCUGGUAGUCACUAAUGCCGAAUACAAACAAUAUCAUUACAAUAGUACAAAAAAAUUAUGUUUGGGUUUUACCAAGCAAGUAGGAGAUGGUACGGAGUUUAAGAGAGCACGGUUUAAAACUGUUUCCUAUUUCUGUGGGUGGUGAGGGAGGGAAGGAGUGUUCCAUGGUAUGAAACUUGAUAAAAACUUGCUAAGUAGUGGGGCAUGGUACUUACCUAUAGACUUCAUGAAAAAUCCAACCAACCAAAAGGUUCUUAUUUAUAGUUUUUGAUGGAGAUGGAAAGCAUUCCUUAGUUUAAAGAGAAAAAAAAAACGUGUGACAGAUCUCCGAUACGGAUCGGCUGUGCAAUGUGUUCAUUAUCACAUAGUAUUAAGUAUAUAAACUAGUCAGGCAUUCCCAUCUCAUUAUAUUUCAAUCGGUGCAUAGUUACUUUGUAUUUUUUUACCAUUAUGCGACCAUUUUAUCAUAUUAUUUUUGUUGUUUACCAGACGGUUUUGACUGGAGUUGACAACGCUUAUGUUACCUUGUUUGUAAUUUACGAAGAAGUAGAUUUCUCCAGUAAUUUACGUAUUUUCGAUAUCAAAAGAUGAGAAGAAAAGGGAAAUAAAAUAAGUUUUUUAAGUUAUUACGAUCGAUUAUUUUCACUGUUUUCUUAUUUCGACUUCUUUAUUUUUCGUUUCUUUUCAUUCGUUCUCAUAUAUUCGAACACUUUUAAUCGCCCUUCUUGUAUUAAAAUAAUUCGACAGCGGAUCUGCUAAAAAUUUGAGGACAAUGCGAAAUCAGAACGUGUUAUUUAUAUUUAUUAUUUUAAUUUAUUAUUUAUGUAUUAUUCAUUCUAUCAGUUUUAAUCACUCGUGAAAGCCUUUGAUAGGGAACCCACUGCCUAUUAUAAAAAAUAUUUUCAUUAAUUAAAAAAUUUAUGUAGGUUUGUUUCAUUAAAUUAAAGUUUAUUUGUUAGCGAAUUCGUAAAUUUAUUCUGUUUUUUUUUUUGAUUACCCAAUCAAACCAUUUGUGAAAGUUAAUUUACGUCAUUUUGAACUCAUUUAACCUGCUUCUUUGUACCUUUUUCUUUAUAGAUUACUUGAAAUUAAUCGAUUAAUCGUAUUUUUGAAACUCCGGAAGUUCGUAUUCAAAUUUUCAAAUUUUUCGUUCAUUAAUUUAAGUUUUAAAAUUUCGUAUUUCACUUUUUAGUUGUAAGACCAUUUUUGUAAAUAUUUUGUGUGCGUUAGCGUUCUUGCUUAUGAAAUCUUUCUAAGACUUAUGCUAAGAUUAAGAUUAUUUUGUUAUUUAAUAAUUUUAACAGACCUAAUUUAAUAAAUCACAGUUUUUUCAGUUAA